AUGGAAGAGUCGUCGGCAGAGCCUGUGAGGCAUCGCAUAGCUUGCACCGAGUGCCAGCGGAGGAAGCAAAAGUGCAACCGCGAGUGGCCAUGUAUUCAUUGCCAGCGACGCAAGGUUGCAGACAAGUGUCGCUUCAAUCUCCCCGCUCCUCCACAGAGCCGCAGCGGCAAGGGCACGUUGACAACCGAAAGCAAAAAGCGCCAUGCAGAUUGGGGAACCGCCGAACCCCCUGCAAACUCGGAUGCAGAGGGAUCCAUUCAGUCGUUUGGUUAUGCUGCAGCUGAGAUGCUUGCGAGAUUAGGUAUAGCAGACAAGGAUGACGAUCCUGGGGAUGGGCAGUAUUGGACGAGCGCCGCCACAUGUUCCAUGCUGGAUCGUGUUUUGAAACAGCUUCCCAAGAGAUCACGGGUUGUCCAACAUGCGGACAUGACGACGAGAUUGAGCAUUGAGACUGAGAUGGGGGAUAACAUCGACGCCAUCUCACAAAAAUACCAUAGUUUAGCACAGGAGCUGGGCAAUGUAAUUCCCAUGGGCUAUCAUCACAUCUACAGGUGCCAGUGGUUACUUCACUCCACGUAUUGGUUUGUCUCCCAGGGGAAGUAUAUGGAGAGCUGGCACGUCCUUAGUGCGGCCGCUCGAGAGGCUAGCGAGCUCGGACUCGCAAAAGACAUGGAGUCAGGGCGGUUACCUCAAUUCGAUCGUGAGAUGCGCCGAAGGGUGUGGCAAAUAUCUGCCGGGUUAUCACGAUCUACCAUAAUCAGCUGGCCAGAUGUGGAAAUCGUGUUUCCGUCACUGACCAUGGACGGUUGCGACCCUUCUCCAAUUUUACAUAUGAGACUUCAAUCGGAAGUUAUUACAAAUUUAGCAGUUGAAUAUCCUAAUCCUAAUGCCGUUGUCACUCCUGAGCAGAUUCAACAUUACCAGGGACUCAUCUCCGGUUGGGCGCGGUCAUUCCCGCCUGUGUAUGCCUUAGACAAACCCGACACAACACAGGACAGCGACAACCCCUGGAUCGGAUUCAAUCGAUAUUACCUACACACGAUAUACUACUUUUUCAUGCUCACCCCCAUCCGGCCAUACAUGGCCAAAGAAUACCCACAGGAGUCUGAUGAGGCUGAGGUAACUAUUCGUACCAAGGGCAUAGAAUACUGCCUUGGUAAUCUUCGGUCCGAUGCAAAAUGGGUAGAGCACAUAUCAAAACACGGUGGAGGUUUCCAUUUCAUGUUAUUCUCAUUGCUAGACACAGUGGCGCUUUUAUCCACUACACUGAUGAAGGACACCCAUAAAACCAUCACGAAUCUGGUCGAAAUAUAUGACGAGGUGAACAACGCCUUGACCCUACUGGCGGGCAUACGCGAGACCUCCUCAACCGCCACCAUGGCAUACUACGCACUUGGUAAAGUUGUCGAAGGGUUUCCAAAACCGGCCUCGUCUAUACAACAACAGAAGAAACAAAAACGAGACGAUUCUCAAGCGCCUUCGGCUCAUCCUCCCAAAGGUCACUUGCCUCACAACACCAUAAACCCCGCGAUGCUCCACGACAGCUCGGAGAGCUCACCGGAAAGCCAUGGCCCAAUGAUGACACCAGGCACCACGCCCAGUCCCCGCCAUGACGUCGGCGCAGACGACUUUGCAUCCAGAAAUAGCCCUCAAUAUGCUCCGGAUCCCACCGAUAACUCCUCGAUUGACGAAAGAAUCUUGCAGACUGCUGAACAAUCCGGCGAUGAGGGUCACCACAUCGACCGGGGGUCUCAACAUGUGGGUUUAGAUGAAACACUACUGAGUUUUGAUGGGUUGACAGCAAUAUGGGACGGGGACAAUAUAGAUUGGGAUCUUAUUGAACAUACACGACGAAGAUGA